AAGGGAUAAAUAAAGAAUUAUAGAAAGAGAAGUGCACGGUGCACCCAGACUAAAUUGACUGUAAUAAGCAAAAAUUCUAACUUUACUGUAGCAGCCAUAAGUCUGGGCCUAAACUGUCUGCACUCGAUCCCGAUAUGUUCGGGAUGAAGGAUGAGGCCCACCGGGCCUGGGCCUCGCCUUUAAUUUUUGAAAUGGGAAGGAGAAAUUUGUAUUUUCCAUAUUUGUACCUGACUCUGAGAGCGGAGACCGGAGACCGGAGAGGGUAGUGAGCGGUGAAAAUGGAGUCGAAGGGAAAUGCCCCCCCCAAGAUUAAGAAUAAGAUGAAGCGCAAAGAGAUACUUGAGAAGAAGAAGGCUAGGGAUGAACUGAUAAAGGUAGCUUGUGCGGAGAAAGACCAUCUCUCUGCCUUUCAUGCCUUUCGCCAUUACCAAAGAAACGGCUUGUCUGCAUGUCUGGAAUCAGGAAGGGGGGACAAGCUGUCAUCUUCUCUUAAGCAGUACAUUCAAAAUCUCCUUAAGGCUAAUAUGGAGGGGCCAUAUGGAACCGAGUGGCCAGUGGAAGAGAAGGUGAAGCGUAGGGAGAUGGUUGCAUCAGAAGCACGUUAUAUAUUUGUCUAUGAGGCUUUGGAUGCAAGUGCAAGUGAAUUGUUGACAGUGUCUGAGCAGGAGAGGACUGAAGCUGGUUGUGUGGAGGGGAGGGGAUCCAUGCUCGGGUUUGUGCAUUUUCGCUUUGUCAUAGAGGAAGAUUUGCCUGUUCUUUAUGUGUAUGAGUUACAACUUGAGCCUCGUGUGCAAGGGAAAGGUCUCGGGAAGUUCCUAAUGCAACUAAUUGAGCUAAUUGCUCGCAAGAAUCACAUGGGUGCUGUUGUUCUAACUGUUCAAAAGGCAAACUUGGUAGCGAUGAAUUUCUAUACAAGUAAGCUGAGAUAUAUUAUCUCAACUAUAUCACCAUCCAAAGUUGAUCCAUGGUUAGGAACUCAGAAAAGUUAUGAAAUUCUUUGCAAAUCAUUCAGUAAUGAUGCUAAAGCUAUAUUGGAGGGCCCAGGACAUUGUGAGAAGAGACAGAAAUGAGGACCCCAAUACCAUUAGCCAACGUAUAAGUCAAUCAGCUUUCAGAUUGAUCGGAAAUUGGUGAAGCAGAGCUGAAGACGUGGGAAUAUGGUGUCAUUAUUUGUCCGUUUGCUUGUUUAAUGAGGAAAAUAUUAGAAGCACAUUGUAUGUUUUAGAGUAAUGAAAAAAAAGCGCAUUCAUGGCAAAGGAUGGUUUGUUAAACAUGAUCAGUUUUCAUUUAUCAUAGAUUUAGUAGUAAACUAUCUUUCUCGCA